AUGCCCCCAAUCUGCCCCUCCUGCCUUACCGGCACCCUCCACACCACCGACCCCCUUGGCCACACACGCACCAUCCACGGUCUCGAUACCUACAUCGCCCAGCCCCCAAACAAAACCACUCCAAAAGGCCUCAUAAUAUUGAUCUCCGACGCCUUCGGCUGGACAAUUCCAAACAGCAGACUACUAGCUGACGCAUAUGCCCAAAAAGGAGGCUUUGAAGUCUGGGUGCCGGAUUUCAUGGAUGGAUACGCAAUGUCCCCUUCCGUUAUGACACGUAUGAAAGAGCUGAAAGCGCCACAACCGUGGCUCACGACAUUAUUCCUUAAACCUGUAUGGGCGGUCCAGACGCUCUACGCGACGGUGCUCUGGCUCUUUAAAACGCGGACUUCGGUGUGUAAACCGCGGAUUUUCAAUUUUAUCACCCAGAUCCGGAAGGAGGCGCCGCCGUUCGCGACGGACGAGCUGAAGAUCGGUGUCGCUGGAUUUUGCUGGGGAGGUAGGCAUGCGUUUCUGCUUGCUGCGGAUGAGGCAGCGUCCAGGGUGGAACGGUAUGGGAGUAGUACGGGGAAGCCGGAGGCGUUGAUUGAUUGUGCGUUUGUGGCGCAUCCGUCGAUGUUGGUGUUGCCGCGGGAGGUGGAGGAGGUGAGGGUGCCGAUGAGUGUGUGUGUUGGGGAGGAAGAUGCGAUGAUGACUCGGGAGCAGGUGGGGGAGAUGAAGAGGGUUUUGGAAGGGAAAGGGGAGAAUGAGGUUAUUACUAUUGAGGGGGCGGUACAUGGGUUUGCGGUUAGGAGCGAUCCGGGGGAUGGGUUUAUGGUUGAGUGUGCGGAGAUAGCUGAGAGGCAAGCGCUUGGGUGGUUUCAGAGGUGGAUGGGUUAG